AUGCCAGCCACCACCACGGCCACCCCUCCACCACUCGAAACCGAGUAUGGCGCCCCCAAGGCGGACCAUGUCCGGCUCCCGGACGGCGUCUACGUCCCCACGCUUGCAUUCUUCACCGAGUCGGAGGACAUCGACACAAACACGCUCGAGCGCCAUCUCGUCCGGCUCAUCAACGCGGGCGUCGCCGGCAUCGUCGUCCACGGGUCCAACGGCGAGGCGGUGCACCUGACGAGGGAGGAACGCAGCGCCAUGAUCCGCUGCGCCGCCGACACCAUCCACCAGGAGGGCCACGACGUCAAGAUGCCGCUCAUCGCCGGCUGCGGCGCCCAGUCGACCCGCGAGACGCUCCAGCUCUGCCGCGACGCCGCACGCAGCGGCGCCUCCCACGCGCUCGUGCUGCCGCCCAGCUACUACGGCCCCUUGCUCGACGACGACAGGGUCGUCCGGCACUUCCACGAGGUCGCGGACGCGUCGCCCAUCCCGCUGCUCGUCUACAACUUCCCCGCGGCGGCGUCCGGCCGGGACCUCUCGUCGGACGCCAUCGUGCGCGUCGCGCGGCACCCCAACGUCGUGGGCGUCAAGCUGACGUGCGGCAACACGGGCAAGCUCGCGCGCGUGGCGGACGAGGCGCCCGAGGGCUUCUUCGUCGCGGGCGGCAGCGCCGACUUCAUCCUGCAGGGCCAGGUCGUCGGGGGCAACGGCAGCAUCGCAGGGCUGGCCAACGUCGCGCCGCGGGCGUGCGUGCGCAUCGUGGAGCUCGCUGCUCAGGGGAAAAUGGCCGAGGCGCGGCGGCUGCAGGCGGUCGUGGCCAGAGGCGACUGGGUGGCCAUCAGGACGGGCUUCGUGGGCGUCAAGGCGGCCGUCGGCCACUUUGAGCAGUACGGCGGCGCGCCGAGGAGGCCCUGCGUCGGUCCGUCGCCCCUGGAGCUCAAGGACAUUGUGGAGGGGCUGAGCGAGCUGCAUCGGCUGGAGAGGGAUUUGGAGGCACAGGCGGUUGGCGGCGGCGGAGAGGAGCUAUGA